ACGAUGACUUCUACACAGUUUGUCUUCUGGCUAACAUGUUUGUUUUUAGGGGAAACAGUCCAUCUGACAUGGUCCACAUCUGUUGAACAAGAGAGGGGUUUUAUUUCAGCUGAUGUUGGUGAAGACGUGACUUUCCAGUGUUUUUAUAAAGGAAGGGAUUCAGCCUGGCUUUUCUGGUACAUUCAAACUCUGGGACAGAAACCAAGGCUCAUCUCUGAGUUCUAUGUGUUUGAUACAAAAUUCACUUUUAAAAAUGAAUUCCAUAACAAUCCACGCUUCACUCUUGAUAUAAACAAACCUUCAUUUCAUUUAAAGAUCUCAGACGUUAAGCUGUCAGACUCAGCUACGUACUACUGUGCUGCUAGUUAUGCAGCAGUCCUGACUUUUGCUGAAGAUACCACACUCAGAGUAAAAGAUUCAGGAUCUGGCAUCCCAGCUUCAGUCCAUCAACCAGAAUCUGAGACCAUCCAGCCAGGAGGCUCUAAGACUCUGAACUGUACAGUACAUACUGGGACCUGUGAUGGAGAACACAGUGUUUACUGGUUCAGAGACUCUGGAGAAUCACAUCCAGGACUCGUUUACAGCGGCGGAGGCAGGAAUGAUCAGUGUCAGAGAAACCCCAACACACAAACACACACCUGUGUGUACAGUUUACCAAUGGAAAACCUGAACAUGUUCAAUGCUGGAACCUACUACUGUGCUGUUGUCUCAUGUGGACACAUCAUGUUUGGAAACGGGACCAAACUGGACUUUGAGUAUGACGGCUUCGGUGUUCAUUUGUGGAUGGCAGCCUUUGCAUUCACCUCCAUCCUGAAUGUUUUACUGGCUUUCUUGGUGUUCAUGAUGAACAAGUCAAACAGCAGCAAAUCUUCAGAGUGUGAAGCAUCAGGUCUCCUCACAGCUGAUGUAAAGGGUUACCAACAUGCAGAAAUCAUCAAACAUGUCAACCUGACCCACAGAUCAAAAAGACAGAGGGACCCCUCCUGCAGCGAAUGUGUUUACUAUGUUAAUGUAAAGCUGUAAAGCUUCAUCUUUUGUGUGUUUUACAGUAGAAAGGUUUUCUGUCUCUGGAGGUGUUUAGUUUUUCUCUUCUGGCUUGAGCAUCUAUACUGCUGAAUGCAUGUUGAGGUAUCAAGCUGUAGGGGUGAAGCAGGUCAGUAUUGAUAAACAGUGUAAUAUUUUUAGUGAGGGAAUCUUUUCUGCUGAUAAAAUGAUGCAGAAGAAGCUAUCAACCAUGAGCUUUGGAGAACAAGAUUUUCAGAUUACUUAUUAUAAUGUGUGCUCAUAGUGUCUAAACAAAAUCAUAAUUAUGAGUUUUUAUGAGUUUAUGUCACUGAUGAUCAGUAAAACUGAGCUUUGUUUGUUUUUUGUUUGUUGAGUCCAUUGUACAAUCAGCCAUCUGUGUAGUGGUGUAGCACCAUGGUCAUUAGAGAAUGAUUUCUAAGAAAUGUUUAGUGUGAACUGACCGACAUCUGGUUUAACUUCAGAGUGUAAGUGAAUGCAGCAUGUAAUGUUCUUUAUGUUCUACAUGAUACUGAUCUAUGUCAAAGAUCACCAACCUCUUGGUCCAGUGUCCUGAAAGUUUUAGAUAUUCCCCUGCAGAGGUGAAUCUC